AUGACGAUCCUCUCCCCACUGGACACCCUUCUCUCGUUGCCCUAUGUCAAAUGCCGGGAUCGAGCCCUCGUCGAGCGGAAGUUGCGCGACAUUGUCGCCGACGGCAUCGACAAGAUGAUGGUGAUCACCGAUUUCGACUACACACUCUCGCGGGCCAUCGACGAGGAAGGCGAGCGCUGCUCCACCACGCACGGCGUCUUCGACGCGUUCGCCGAUGAGAUACAGCCCGGUCUCAGCCGAAAGUUCACCGACCUGAAGAACAUCUACUACCCGAUCGAGUUCGACCCGCACAUGACCAUCGAGGAGAAGACGCCGCAUAUGGAGGAUUGGUGGAACACGUCGCACGGCUACAUCGUCUCGGCCGGCUUCACCCGCCACGACAUUGAGGGCUUCGUGCGCAAGUCGCGGGUAUUGCUCAGAUCUGGUGCCGAAUCGUGGUUGCGCGGCUUGCAGUCGUCGAAAGUGCCGGUGGUGAUCUUCUCGGCCGGUGUCGGUGAUGUGAUCGAGAUAAAGCUGCAACAACAAUUCGGACAGGUCCCUCCGAACGUGCACAUCCUCGGCAACCUGAUGAGCUACGAUGCAAAGGGGAAAGUGUGCGCCUUCUCCGAGCCCCUCAUCCACACAUUCUGCAAGAAUUCCUCCGUCAUCGACAAGGCGGCCCCAUUCCACCGUGCCGUCGAGGCCCGCCCGAACGUGUUGCUGAUGGGCGACAGUCUGGGUGAUGUCCAUAUGGAUGUCGGCAUCGAUCAUCAGGGCCACACCCUCCGCGUUGGAUAUCUCAAUUUCCCGUCGGACCAUCUGCUCGAGAAGUUCCUGCACGGCUACGAUAUUGUGAUCAUCAACGACCAGACGAUCAACAUCCCCGAGACGAUUACAAAGUUGGCCACUGUUGCUCAGAAGACCCGCGUA